UUUUUAAGCCCCAAAACUCUAUAUCAUGACGGAAAAAAUGAUCUCCCUGAAGAUUUUGUUUUUGGCUCGUGUCAUAUAAACAAGAAGGACUGGUUCGAGGCGCUUGCACAUAGUGGUCGACCUUUGAAAGACACGCAUUUGGAUGUCAUAUUUUACUAUCUGAGGAAGAAGGCAAAGUAUGGACCUAAUCUUGCCGUAAAGUUUACUACAACAGACUUUUAUUUCAACAAGAAGCUUUAUUUACUCUAUAUGGAGUUUGAGGAAAAAGGUCAAGAUUUUUAUGCGAUCCCAAAAGAGCAUGGAGUAGAAGAGUACAUUAGAGGUUGUUGUUGUGAUACAAAUGUAGCUUGGCACAAAGUUGAUCAUGUGUUAUUCCCAAUUUAUGUUGAUCGGGGAAAAUCUAAAUUGGGACAUUGGAUUUUGGGUGUCUUUACCUUCAGUGAUUGGUGUAUCCAUGUGUACGACUCCCAACGUGAUUCAAAAAAUGAUAAACUUGUUAUGAAAACUCUGUUACCUUACAAAACAUUGCUACCGUACUUCCUAGAAAAGUCCAAAUUCAAUGUUAAGAGGGGCAUUGACAAAACUCAAAGUGAUGCUUUGCUGAUAAAUCUGGUUGAUAACCUGCCACAACAAAUCAAUAGUGAUUGCGGAGUUUUUGUUGCUGUCUUUGCUGAUUAUUUCUGUUACACCCCACACUUUCAGAGCAUGAGCAUGACAUGUACAUCACCGUAGCAACGAAGUAUAGGAGAUCUCCCAUGAUGUUUUGGAAGAUACAAGCCAUGGGAAGUAUGUAACAACGAAAUAAAAAGACGAAUUACGAUCUCGUAAGUCGUAAUCGGGAAAGAGUGUUUUGAAACACGAGAACAUGGCCAUUAUUAGUAUAAUAAGUGAUAAAUAUCAUGUAUGGAGAGUUUCGGAAUAUUUUGAGAUCGAGCAAAUUGAAGAAAAUAAGUUCGACGAAAAUUUGAGAAAUGCUGGAAGGAUUUUUAGUCAA